UACAUCGCAUCAUAUCCGGUUUGACAUCUGGCGGGAGUGCUUCACAUGGUAGUUGUUGAACAGCUUGUUCAACUUGUUUUUUCAGCCAGCGCAAGUAAAAAACAUGAUGGCUACAAACGGAAAAGACGCAUUUGGAUUAAACGGUGAGGAGCCAUCAGGGUCUUUGACCAGCAACAACGACAAGUCACUUGUCAACGGAGCAACAACGGAGGCAUCAGCUCUCUCAAAGCUGCAGAACGGAGCAGGAGCCGGGUCAGAGAGGUUCGCCUUCAGCCCCGAGCCCACCAUCGAGGACAUUAGGCGGAUGCAGGCGCAUUUUACGGACGAGAGGGACUGGAAUCAGUUCCACCAGCCCCGCAACCUGCUGCUGGCGAUGGUCGGGGAGGUGGGCGAGGUGUCGGAGCUCUUCCAGUGGAGGGGAGAGGUGGCCGAGGGCCUGCCGGACUGGACCGAGGCCGAGCGAGAGCAUCUGGCCCAGGAGCUCAGCGACGUGUUGAUCUACCUGGUGGAGCUCGCAGAGAAGUGUAGAGUCGAUCUACCCCAAGCAGUGCUUCGGAAAAUGGCCCUUAAUCGACUGAAAUACCCCGCAAACAAAGUGCAUGGGUCGGCCAAAAAGUACACUGAGUACGAGGACUGAGUUUUGGAGGCACAUGUCAAUCAGGGGAUUCAUGUUGCAGAAUAAUUAUGACCUACUACUGAACAUUUUAUUACAAAUGUAUUCUGGUUUGACUUGUUACAUGCCUAUGAAUCCCUCUUUUACUUGUGUGUUUUCUGUGACACAAAUGUGUUAGUCUAUGAGCCUACUGUUAUAUGUUCAGUCAUACACACACACAUUUAGUAGGACAGGCAUUUGGGGAAUUCUGGCUUUUAUUGAGUUUUACUUUUAAGCAUUGUUUUACUCCUAAUCUUUGAUGUCCCUGUGUGAGUUUGAGGCAGUGCAUACUCUUUAGCAGAUAAUAUGACUGUUGUGCAGUGUCUUUGGGGAGUAUUUUGAAGAAUGUAUUUCUCACUCAACAUUUUAUACCUUUUCUCCAGUUUAGGAGUGUGAUGGAUUGUAUUAGAAAAUUGAUGGAGAUGAAGCAUGUGAUUAUUGUCCUGACCAUCCCUGACAAAAGAGUAAUUGUGAAUCGUUUUUUGCGGUUUAUCCUCCUUUUCCAUCAUUGGAAUCAGCCCAUCUUCUGUUGUGUUCACAUCGCAUGUCACAUUUUUUCCAAAGUAAAAGUUGCUUUCAUUCAU